UUAGACAUACCUUGCAUUGCAAAUUGCAAAAGCAUUACUUCAUAAUAGUAACAGGUGGCUAAGAAUGAAUUCCAAGGGUAAGGUCGAAAAAUCUACACGAAACGCUCGGGGGAAUGCACCAAAACCGUAUAUGUUAGUCGUCUGUUAUACAAACCACGCGUUGGAUCAAUUUGUUGAGGGGAUUAUUGAUUUUAUGCCGGAAACCGUAUUUGGUAGUCGAUACCCCGAAAUAGUUAGAUUUGGAAGUCGAUGUAAAAAUCCUAAAUUUGAAGAACUUUCGAUAAAAAACCUACGGAGAAAAGCUCUAUCGAAAUUUAAUAAUCCUCGAGAUGGAAUACUUGAAAAAGCAUCAAAAACUAAAAGAAAAAUCAAGGAGAUUCGAGAAACAAUCGAGACAUUAAAGAGCAGAAAUAUUGUAUUGUGGUUCGAUGUAAUGAAAUGUGUUCUUUCAGAAAAUAUUGCAAGUCAAUUUGGAGAAAAGUUUGUUUGGUUGCAGUGGCUACAUGUGUUAGAGCAAUCAUGGUAUAAAGAAGUAAACAAGCAAUAUCAAAACCAACAAAAUGACGAAGCAAUUAAAAAUCAACUCGGUGGUUUUGCAACUGAGCUUGAAGAAGUCGAAUUUGUUUCAUUGAUUUCUGAGAAAGAAUUUGCACACAACGUGCGGUAUUUGGAGGUUAAUGAUGUCAAUUUUUUGCUCAAUACUGAUAUUAUCGGUCUCGAUCUGGACAAGCAAUACGAAAAUGAGCUGCAGAAAACAAAUAAACUUGAAGAAAAGUGUAGAAUAAUUUUGCUUUUGGAAAAAGAGAAAGCAGCAAAGGAACUGCAUUAUGGUAAAGCCAUGUCAGAAGGCCAAGUAAAAAAAAUAAAAAGUAUCUGGACACUUUCCAUAAAAGAUCGUUGGAAAAUGUAUAGGUAUUGGUUGAUGCAGUACAUUAAGAAACUUCACGAACAACUGCGCAAAAGUGAAAAGAAAUUCCAUGAUAUAUUUGAUGACUACAAGCAAAUCAGUAUAGAAAAAGACGAAUUUGUCAUGCAACAAGCAACAGUUUUAGCUAUGACUACAACAACUGCAGCACGAUAUAGAGAAUCUUUAAGCAAAGUUGGUCCUCUAAUCACAAUAAUUGAAGAAGCAGCAGAAGUACCAGAGGCUCACAUAGUAACUGCGAUCAGCCCAAGAUGUAAACAUUUAAUUUUGAUCGGGGACCAUAAGCAAUUGCAACCAAAACCUGCCGUGCAUGAACUUGCAAUUAAAUUUAAUUUGUCUGUUUCCCUGUUUGAACGAAUGGUUAAGAACAACUUGAGCUACUAUUGCCUUCAACGACAACAUCGAAUGAGACCAGAAAUUUCUGAAUUGGUACGCCACAUAUAUCACACUCUUUAUGACAACGAAAAUGUCUAUGAAUAUCCAUCGGUAAAAGGGAUACGAAAGAGUGUGUUCUUUAUCACACAUAACAAAAUUGAAGUUUUCAAAGAUGAGGGGAGAAGUUUUUCAAACGAAUACGAAGCUGAAUAUCUCAAAGAGCUUUAUCUUUAUCUGCUAAAGCAAAGAUAUAAACCAUCUGAUAUAACAAUAAUUACGGCUUACGCUGGUCAGAUGUCUUGCUUAGAAGAAAAAUUGCCAAGCUCAAAGUUCAAAGGAGUUAAAAUUUGCGUGCUUGACAAUUACCAAGGCGAAGAAAAUGAAAUCAUUCUUUUAUCAUUAGUGCGUAGCAAUACGACAGGCGAUAUCGGAUUCCUAAAUCGGGAAAACAGAAUUUGCGUGGCUUUGUCUAGAGCAAGGCAAGGACUUUUCAUAAUAGGUAACAGCGAUACAUUAACAAAGAAGUCUCAGCACUGGCAGACUGUAAUUGGAAAACUACAAAUUCAAGAGAAGGUCAACGAUAUAGACGAAACAUCCCCUAGAUACCCAUCGCUUGGAAAGGCGUUGCCAUUGUACUGUCAAAAUCAUCCAAAAAAAGAAGGCAUUCUCGCCGAGUCACCAAGUGACUUCAAAAAAGUAAAAGAUGGAGGCUGUGAUCUACCAUGUGAAUUUGAGUUAUCAUGUGGACAUGCGUGUCGAUACGAUUGUCAUCCAUUUGACAGGGAACAUAAAUCAUAUAAAUGCAAAAAACAAUGUUCAGAGACAUGUGCAGAAGGACAUAAAUGUUUUAAGAGAUGUCAUUAUGAUGACGACUGUCGUUGCAGUGUAGAAAUGGCACGCGAACUAAAAUGUCAACACAUAAUUGUUCUUCAAUGCCAUGUUCAUUACUCUAAAUACCCAUGCCCAAUUAAAGUAAUCAGAACAUUAUUAUGUGGACAUAUCGCAACUAUGGAAUGUUACGUGGACCCAAACAAUGUUUUAUGCAAAGUCUCUGUUGACAGAGAACUGGAGUGUCGACACACAGCACAGUUAAAUUGUCAUGUUGAUCCAAAUCGCCACGAGUGUGCUAUAGUCCUGACAGAAACAAGAUCAAAGUGUGGUCAUGAAUUUGAACGCAGGUGUCAUGAUGCCAAUUAUGAGAGGUUAAAUGAGUGUAGAGUUUUGAUUAACGAAAAACGAACCUCGUGUGACCAUUUGAUCGAACGGCAUUGUUUCGACACCACAUAUGAAAUGCGUAUUGAAUGCAGCAUUACCGUAACAAUGAACAGAUCAUCCUGUGGACACGAAUAUCAAAGACAGUGUCAAGACCGUAUGUAUGAGAUGAGUCAUGAAUGCAAUGACAUGGUAACAGAACAGUGGUUAUCUUGUAAACAUUACUACAAAAGACAUUGUUUUGACUCUGACUUUGUCCAGAGGCACACUUGUCAAAAUAAAAUUCGUGACAAAAGAGACGAUUGUGGUCAUACAUAUGAAAGAAAUUGUUCAGAUACGAAUUAUCAACAUGAACACAAAUGCAGCGUCUACGUUGAGAAAAAAGUCCCACGGUGUGACCAUAAAGUAAAGCUUCCAUGCCACCAAGAUGUUUCAUCGCAUAAAUGUAGAGAAAUCGUUACAAAAGAUUUGGAAUGCAAACAUUACAAUACACACGAAUGUUGCAAUAUUGAUUCAAUCAAAUGUAAUAACAAAUGCAAUAAAAUAUGCAUAAAUGGCCACGUAUGUACAAAUUCAUGUCAUUUCCCCACUUCCUGUGACUGCAUGGAGCUAAUCGAAACAAUUUUAGAGGGCUGUAAACACAAACAAAGUAUCCCAUGUUCAAUCGAUCCUAAAGUCUAUCCUUGUGAAACAAUGGUGAAGAAAGUUCUGAAUAAAUGCCACCAUUCACAGGACAUGGAGUGCCAUACGGACCCCGAAACAGUAAGAUGUAAAUUUGCAGUCCUGAAGUCUUUACCUGAAUGUGGACAUGAGGAAAUGGUUUUAUGUUCAGAAAAUCUUUCAGGCGUAAAAUGUACCAAAGAAGUUGAAAUAAAGUUAGAAAAAUGCGGACAUUCAUUUGGAAUUAAAUGCUGGCAGAAAAGAUAUAUGUCUUUACAAGAAGUUAAAUGUUUCGAGCCUACAAUACACACGCGCUCUGAUUGUGGACAUAUUACUACUAUUCCAUGUUGGGAAAUAUCAAGUCAUAACUUCACUCCUUGUCUGAAAUUAUUAGACACAACACUCUCCUGUGGUCAUGUCAUUAAAAGCGUUUGCAGUAUGGAAGAGGAAAAAAUAUGCGACAAGAAAUGUGAGAAACCAUUGUCAUGUGGACAUUCAUGUCCGGGGCUAUGCCAUGAAUGCGACCAUAAUAAGGAUUGCUCACGCCAGUGUGAAAAGGAAUUUGUGUGUGGCCAUGCCUGUCAAAGUGAAGUUUGUAUGAUGUGCACUCCGUGUCAAAAUUCUUGCUUAUUUGAAUGUUCACAUUCGAAAUGUCCUUCUCAGUGCAUUGAUUCAUGUAAACCCUGCAAAGAAAACUGUUCAUGGGAAUGUGAACAUUAUAAAUGUACAAAGUUAUGCUUUGAAGAAUGCAACCGCCAAAGAUGUUGUAAUAACUGUGAUCGAACUUUGUCUUGUGGUCAUCAAUGUCCUGGAUACUGUGGUGAACCAUGUCCACUGUUUUGUGCUGAUUGUAAACCGGAAAUGUACGUAUUAAAAGAAACUUGUAAAGAUGAAAAAAUUGUAACAUUAGUACAAUGUGGUCACUCCAUUGGCAGUAUUUAUCUUGAUGAGUGUAUGGAUGAAAUGAAAAAUCACUUAGUGUCAAGAUGCCCAUGUUGUAGGGCAAUUAUUACUUUUCAUCCAAGAUAUGAACGAAUUUUGAAAAGGCAAAAAAUGGCACUAGAAGAUGCUAAAUUGAAGAUUCGUAAGGUACGACUUAAUUCACAAACUAUAUAUCCUGCGUGUGAUGCUGAAAUGCUAACAUCAUUUGAACAGUAUACAACAAGUAUUGCAACAUAUCUUCACAUUAUUCGGCAAACACGACGUAAGAAUGAGUUCGAUCAGGAAUUCCAUGACACCGAGAAAUUAGCCGAAUCCAUUCUCAAAGAUAUUGAAACAACCCCGGCAACUUCAUUUAAAACUUGCUUACAAUUGUCAGAGAAAAUAUUCAGUUUGUAUAUCCAAUGGAUAUUGUGCCUUUUUACGACAAAGCCAGAACUAAUGGGCAAAUUUGCUGGUUGGUUUCCUGCACUGAAAAAAUCUACAAGUAAUAUUUUAAACGACUUUCUCCCCGAACAGGUGGAGUCGUUGGAAAAUAUUUUCGAAGAAAAUGAUAGAAUAUCAACCGACACCAAUGGUCAUCGCACAAUGAUAAGCCACGAUAUAGUUGUAAUUGUACGCCUGUUGGAGAAACAUCUAAAUCAGGAACAGAUUACUGAAAUAUUAAGACCUUUUACUGAAGACAUGGAGGGCGAUGGUUACUUGGCAAAUACAAGAAUAUAUCCCCAGUUACAUAAUGUGGUUGGCAUACAUAGCAGUGAUUGGACAAUAUGUCGAAACGGUCAUACUGUAUCAACGAUCUUGGAUUGUUCUUGCAACAUUUGUGAUGGUCCCGAUAAUCAACAAACAGUGUUCCGGUAUGAUGAUGGACAAAAUGUAGUCACACAAGGACUGACAAAGGCAAGAAGCGCUCAGCUUGGAAAAAGCCAGGUGUCAAAUGUUAGAGGUAAAAGAAGUAAUUUUUGUAAAGACAAACCAGCAGAUUUUAGUGAGGAUUUUAGGAAUAUGUAUUCGCGUCCGAGAGUAAGAAAUCCUAUCAGAAACAAAAGUAAUAGUGAAAACUUCCACGGUGUUCGGGGACAAAAUCUUAGAGGUUGUAGUAAGAGUACGGAGAAAGCCAUGCGGGCGAAAACAACAAAUGAGGAUACAAGGAAAUCUUACAAAAAAGACAAAAUGCAUCCACUCCCUUCGUUAAAAUCCGACGACGAAAGAUACCAUAAUGAAGACGGAAAAGAUAAACAUAACCUAAAGGAAAAUAAACAGAGGUUUCCGAACAAGGCACCGGCUACAGGUAGAAAAAAUAAUAAAAGUAGUAGUAAUGGUACUGACAGUGGUGUGAAUGAACAUGCCCCUGGUCAUGCAGACAACAUAGAUGGUAAUGAAAGUCGCGAUAGUAGAAGAGCAGAAUUAAAUAGAGGCGGACAUCGAGAUCAUCAGCAUAACAGAGGAUAUCCAGGUCGUGGACGAGGUCGCGGCGGUAACAUGGGUAAGGGUCGUGGUAGUCUCCCCUGGUAACUAUUAAAAACUAGAAUUUUUACAGAUGGGUACCAUGUUUUAUCACUGUUUAAUGUACCAAACCCAUAUUUUAUCCGUGCAAAAUAUACCAAAUUAUGUGAUAAUAUUUCGUAUUCGUUAAAUUAAUAAACCGUAAUGUGUACAUCUGCAUGUGAAUUUGUAAAUAACUUGUCACGAUACAAAGGGUAAAUGUCAAUGGCUGGAACUAAAUGCUGUGGAUUCAUUCUUAUUUAUGUGAAUUGUUAUUUCUGGAUUUUGUAGAAGAAAAAUCAAUUGACGUAAUAUUGUGUGAGAGAUGAUAGAUUAUCAUUACCGAAACUGUUAUGUAAAAAGACAGUCUAUUCCAAAUAUUUUUGUUUUUAUCAAAGUUAAAUUCCCUUUUUCAACUUUGUGUUUUUUGUUGUUGUUGUUUUUUUUUUUUUUUUGUAUAUGUAUAAAAGCAUUAAACGUG